CCUUAUCUCCUAUUUCUAUGUUCAAAGCACCAAAGUUUUGCAAUUAUAUGCAUAUGUAUGUGUAGAAUCUGUGAUGCAUCAAAACAAAAUAUUUGACAGCACUUCAAGUGUUGCCACCCAAAGUAGUGCUUACAUUGUAUUGUCUUUUCCAGCAUGCUUACAUAAGACUCGGCCUUAUAUUGUAACUCGUAUAUAUUGCUUAACACAAUCUUGUGCCAUAUCUGUGUUUAGAUUUCACACAACUUCGCUCUAAUUUGUGAGUUUUUAUGCUGUUGGCAUCACCGUUUUGUUUAUUCAGUAAAGUUUUUCUUUGUUUUGCUCUCCUGUAGAGCAAUUAGUUUGUUCGUUGUCGUUUGUGUUGGCAGUUUAGUUGUGGGAGAGAUUUUAUUGUUUAUGUAAAUCUAAAAACGGAAAAGAUUUAGUUUAAUGCGUGAAAAUUUUUUUUUUUGAAUACAUAUUAAAGUAGAGUGUAUUCAUUUGUGAAAUAAAGUGUUUAGUUAUUAAGUUCUUUUUUAACAAAUCAAAUAAAAUAAAAAAUGUGCAAUUUAUAAUCAAUCAACUAACCGACCUAUGAGGAAAAACGGUCAUUAUAUUUGCUGUAUUUUUAUGGGAAGUAGUGGAGGCUCCGACGUAACUGGCGUAACCCAACCAGUCGCAAUGAACAUUGAACCAGAACUUUUAUUUACUAAUAUGUAAAUAUGAUUUUUCUAUUGGAAUUUUUUCAUGAUGAAAAUAUGAAUGAAAAACGGUUCGAGUGUAAAGGGCUUAAUUUGAAUGAAGAAGGAUAGCACAGAUAUUAGCUUGACUUGCAAGUUAAAAUCACAGAAGUAACAAGAGAACACAAAAACGACUGAAGCACAACAAAACGCUCAGGCAAUAUAAUUAUAGAAAAUUUUGAUGUUUGUAAAUAAAUUAUGACGGCCAACAAAUUUGGGUCGCAAACAAACGAUAAUACGGAACAACAAUACACAAAUCCAUCCUUCGAACAGGACAAUGUGCAAUACAAUAAUUUAGCAAGAAGACAUAAUGGCAAUGAGUUAUUGCACAACUUCAAUGGCACAAGCGAAACAGAGGGCAUGCCAACAAUGACUGGGUAUGGUAGCAGUAGUUCCGCCGUUGGAGCUACAUAUCGUAAAGGUCACAAGCGACAAGAAUCUAUAUACCAAAUGACUGGCUUAUAUUCAGAAGCGAAUAGUGGCGACGAUAGUAGCAGUGCAGAUGCGUCUCAGGAUUUACCGAAUUUCCCUGCUGAAAAACAAACUAUAAAAUCGCCAGUCACGUCUUCAGUAAGUGUACCGGGAAUUGUUCCUGCAACUCCAACCACUCUGUUUUCAAAUAGUUCUCGAAAUUAUAAGUGCAAUAGUGGCUAUGCGACCGAUAGUGUUAUCAAAUGUCAUAGUCGACAACCUUCUGUGGUAACCGACGUCACCGGUGUUAAUGCUGGUCAUGGAACAUUGCAUUCACACUCAGUUGUAAAUAAUAAUAACAAUAACGCCUUAUCAAAUGAUGAUGAGUUGGGUUUUGGAGACUGUGGAAUAUUAGGCUGUCGCCCAAGGGCUGUACAAAAAUUUGCUAGAAUCAAAAUAUUUGUAUUACUCUUGUCAAUGCUAGUUACUUUACAGCAAGCUUUAAGUUCAGGAUAUAUUAAUUCUGUAAUUACAACGAUAGAAAAGCGUUUCGAAAUACCAUCAAGUUAUUCUGGACUUAUUGCUUCCAGUUAUGAAAUUGGUAAUGUGAUAACUGUUAUAUUUGUAAGCUAUUUGGGAAGUCGGCGACAUAUACCAGUGUGGAUUGGAAUAGGUGCAGUUAUAAUGGGUAUUGGCUCAUUGGUUUUUAUGGUACCUCAUUUUACUGGGGAACCAAAUCCUGGAAUAACAUUUGUGAACGAAACUAAUGACAAUAUAUGUCGGAGUGCAUUGGUACGUGAGCAAGAUAUGGGUUUGGGACGUUUAUCCAGUGGUUUAUCCAAUCCGCCAUUAGCACCGCACACUUUACGUGAAGACAAUUGCCUUGAGGGCAAAUCAUCAACAUUUGGUCCAGUGUUGCUAUUUGUGAUUGCACAGUUACUGUUGGGCUGUGGUGGGAGUCCACUAUUCACACUUGGUACGACAUAUGUCGAUGAUCACGUAAAAACGGAAAGUUCUUCAAUGUAUAUUGGUUGUAUGUACAGUAUGGCAGCGUUUGGACCAGUUUUAGGAUUUUUACUUGGCGCUUAUUUGUUAUCUUUUCAUAUGGACUCACUUUCUUCAACAAUUAUAUCGAUAGAUCCCGGGGAUAGACGAUGGGUUGGUAUGUGGUGGGGUGGUUUUCUUUUGUGUGGUGUUUUGUUGCUCAUAGUUGCAGUUCCUUUUUUCUCAUUCCCGAAGGUUCUUACUCGGGAAAAGAAAAAAAUUCGUAAGAGUUCAGUUAUACGUCCAGCAUUGCCUAAUAACUCCAACAGUUUACCAACAGACCCGACUGAAAUUAACAAAAUGAAAAAAGAAAUUGUUGCUGUUUCUACGAAAGAAGAAGAUUCUAAACCAAAAAUUGACACUGGUUAUGGCAAAGAUAUAAAGGAUAUUCCACAGUCAAUGUUACGUUUAGUAACUAAUCCAAUUUAUAUUGUUACGUGUCUCGGCGCUUGCAUGGAGCUAAUGAUAGUGUCUGGCUUUGUCGUUUUCUUGCCGAAAUAUUUGGAAACUCAAUUUAGUUUAGGCAAAAGUCAGGCGAGUGUAUUUACUGGGUCAAUAGCUGUGCCUGGUGCAUGCAUUGGUAUUUUCAUUGGGGGUUGUAUAUUAAAACGUUUUCAACUAAAACCAAAAGGCGCGGUACAAUUUGUACUUAUUUCAAACAUAGUUUGUCUUCUUUGCUAUGCCAUGCUUUUCUUUUUGGGUUGCGAUAAUCUGAAGAUGGCCGGGACAACAAUACCCUACUACAAUAACAACAACAAACAAGAGCCCUUUCAGGUUAAUUUAACUGCUGCCUGCAACUUCGGUUGCGAAUGUUUGACUAGUGAUGUGGAACCGGUCUGCGGAAAUAAUGGCCUUACAUAUUUUAGCCCCUGCCAUGCUGGUUGUACUGCAUUUUCAUCGAGUUCUAAUUACACUAAUUGUGCAUGUGUUCAUUCCAAUAAUUCAAACAGGAUUUUUAUGGUUCCUGACAACAAUCAAGUUCAAGCGUUGAACGUAAAUAACGAUUUUGCUGAGGUUACUGUUGUUCCUGUUGCUACUGCCGGUCCUUGCUCUACACCUUGUCGUACAAUAUAUCCGUUUUUAAUAUUACUAUUUUUUAUGACGUUUAUUGUGGCAUCAACGCAAAUGCCGCUUUUAAUGAUUGUCUUACGUUCAGUCUCAGAAGAGGAGCGCUCUUUUGCGCUUGGGAUGCAAUUUGUUAUAUUUCGCUUAUUUGGUUACAUACCAGCACCUAUAUUAUUUGGUAAUCUAAUUGAUUCCACAUGUUUGCUAUGGAAGUCAUCAUGUGGUGAAAAGGGUGGACGUUGUUUGAUCUACGAUAUCGAGAAAUUUCGUUUUAAGUACGUAGGAUUAUGUACGGCUGUGAAAAUAGUUGCUUUAGCAAUAUUCAUCAUAGAUUGGUGGUUAGUACGAAGACGUAAACACUUAGAUAAGCUGAAACCACUAAAUGCUAGCGAUCCAGUCAUUGGCUCGAUAAUUAGUCUGGACAAACUGUUUGAGGAGAAAUUUUUAGGACAUGAUAGCACUCCCAACUAUAAUGAAGGAGAAUUAGUUAUACCAUCAGAAAUUUUACGUCAUGCAAGAAAUGAUUCACGGACUGUUCGGUUAGAAAAUGGGUAUGAUAAAUUUAAUCACGCAACUCCACCAUUAAAGGCAGCGCCACGAACAGAGUUGAAAAAACAUUGCCGUAGCUCAUCAUGUGAUGUUAAAAUGAUACGUAGCUUCGCCAAAGAUCACAAUACAGUGGUAGCAGGUUAUGAAAGCGGAGAAUUAUCGAAAUUAAAAAAUUUCAAAAAAAUUAAUGCACUUUCGCGUAAUAAUUCCACAGACCUUAAUUCAGAAUUACGGCAAAAGUUAACACACUCACGCACAAAUUCCCGUGAUGAGGCAGCACCAUCAACAAUAAAUAUUAGAUACAUACAAAAUCAAUUAAAACCGCAAGAUGAUGAUGAUGAUGAUGAUAAACUAACGACUGGCUGUGGUCAUUUUGUCAAGAAACACUCCCGCAACCAUUCUUAUGAUCAAAUUUAUAUGCCUAACAAUAUACGGUUUGAUGCUGACUUCUUCCGUGGCCACAAGAAAAAUGUGAAUUUAUUGAAAAAUCAAGUAGAAAACAAACUGAAAAACUCCAAUGAGACAGAACCAAAUUCUUGUGGACAUUCGCGGAAUAAUUCAAAAGAUUUAAACAUGAAAAUUGGAGGAGUCGAAUCGGCUUUAAGUAUAUUGCGUCAUCGUCGUACAAAUUCAAAAGAUUUAAAUUAUAUCCCUGUUACUGGUAUAGAUUUAGUGUCAAUUUCUCCAGGGAAUAAUCUAAAUACCGCAGCGAGCUCUGCAGCAGUUGUGUCCUCCAGUAGUAAUGGAAGUGGAAAUAAUAGUACCGUUCCACAUAGUCAUAUACAUGCGAAACAUGUACACAAUACUUUACAUCAUAAAAUUCAAAUCGAUGAUGAUCGUAGUGAACUUAUCAAUGACAAUGACGAGGAUGAGUACAAUAAUACUGAUAAUAUUAUGCAAUUAUAAAAACAAAGCAAAUUUUAAAUAAUUUUAAAAAGAUAUCAGUGACUAUUGUGGUAUAAUUUUUAACUCUAACCUUAUUUUUGCAAACGAAACUUUAAGAAAUUUUAAAUUAUAUAUUUUUUUUAUUAUUAAAGCAUUCCAAGUUCUAAAAAAAUGAAAUAGUUAC